GCAAGCAUACGCAAUAGAUGAGAGAGACCUGUCCGUCAUGUCCGCAGUUUGGAGUUAUUUCACAGUCAAGGACGAAAAAAACAAAGCCGAGUGCAACCAAUGUAAAGUAAGCGUUUUGAGAGGUGGCUGUGGUAGAAACUUAAACACAACUAACUUGAUAAAACACUUGCAGAAACAUCACGUGAAGCAGUAUGAGGAAUUUAAACAGACAACUAGUGCAAAGAAGAAAAGUGUUCCGCAACAGCAACAACAAACUUUGCGCGAAGCCAUUGAGAAGCGUGAGAAACUUGCACCUGAAAGCAACAAAGCAAAGCUCAUAACGGAGAAAGUGACUGAGUUCAUUGUGCUGGAUGACCAACCACUUUCUGUUGUCGAGAAUGUUGGUUUUCGACGUUUAAUGGAGUGUUUGGAGCCUCGCUACAUAAUGCCAAGCCGAUAUUAUAUCUCCGACACGGCUGUGCCAAGUAAGUACAAGCAAGUGUGUGAAUUCAUUUCGAAAUGUUUGGAAAAUGCCGCGACAAUUAGUUUCACAACUGACAUUGGGAGCUCAGAUGUGUGUCCUAUGUCAUUACUAAGCCUGACUGCACAGUGGAUAGACUCGAACUUUGAAUUAAAAAAAGCAGUUCUGCAUGCUAAACACUUUCGUGGAUCACACACAGGAGAAUCUAUUGCUGCAGCAAUGGAGAUGAUGUUAAACACAUGGAAAAUAGAUAAAAGUAAAGUCCAUGUCGUUUUAAGAGACAAUGCUACCAAUGUAAUUAAAGCAAUGAAUUGCCUUGGAGUUCCCAGUUUGGGAUGCUUUGCUCAUACCCUACAACUUAUUGUGAACGAGGGGCUGCUUUCACAGCGCAGUGUAAGCGAUACAGUGGCUAUUGGCAGAAAAAUUGUGGGUCACUUCAAGCACUCACCACUUGCCUAUUCGCACUUGGAAGACAUUCAGUUGGAACUGAAUAUGCAGCCCAAGCGUUUGCAACAAGAUGUACGAACGAGGUGGAACAGCACUUACUAUAUGGUUGAGAGCCUCAUUGCACAGAAAAGGGCCCUUUGUGCGUAUACAGCAGAAUAUGACCUGCCCUACACAUUGAUUGCAACCCAGUGGGGGCUACUUGAAAAGAUCAUCACAGUUCUAGCACCAUUUGAAGAGCUAACAAAAGAGGUGAGCUCUUCAUCUGCCUUUGCGUCUGAUGUCAUUCCCAGUGUCAGUGUCCUUAAACGCAUUCUCACACAACAAAAUGAGGCAGACGAGGGAAUUAAAACCAUGAAGAGCACCCUCCUUGAAGCUGUAAACAGACGGUUCAGAGACGUGGAAUCUACACCACUCUACUCGGUUGCAACGCUACUGGAUCCUAGAUAUAAAGACAGGUACUUUACAAAUGCAGAAAGCUCAAGACAUGCAAAGGAUGCAUUAUUGGUACAGGCAAGGAAGAUGGAGGAAGUGCUGGGGAGGACUGUAUCAGAUGCCUCACAGGCAGCAGAGGGGACCUCAUCUGAAUUGGCAGCUCCAGAGCCAGCAAAGAUUUCACGGGUGGAGGCUACAAGCAAGAGCAGACUUGGAAACAUGUUUAAAGAAAUCUUGGAAGAAAGCACAGUAGAAUCAGUUCCUCAGUCAACCACCACAAAUGCAUGCAUUGAAAUUCAAACCUACCUCAUCAAACCAACUAUUCAGCGUUCAGAUAAUGCACUGCUGUACUGGAAAGUGAACAAACUUAGAUUCCCCUGUCUGGCAGCCACAGCAACUAAAUUCCUUUCUGCGCCUUCCACAAGUGUGGAGAGCGAGCGACUGUUUAGCUCAGCCUCCAUUAUUAUUGAUGAAAGGAGGAACAGCCUCUCAGCUGAGAAAGCUGAAAUGCUAAUUUUUCUUAAGAAGAAUUUGCCCACCAUGUUUAAGUAAACACUCUUAUUUAUUUUUUAUUUUUUUGUGGCAGUUUUAAGGUCAGGCACCUAUUGCAAUCUCUUUGGGACACUUAAACCAAAUAUGUUACAUUCAAUUUACAUUCCUAGUCUCUUUUCAUUCAGGAGUUA